AUGUAUGAACAACGGAAGUGGGCGUUGCUCCCCGAAACGCACAUCAUCGAAAGGUUCCUCACGCCCAAUAAAGUGCGCACUUUGUGCCGUGAGGAAUUUGCAAACGUCAAUGUAUGUGUUGGUUCCCCGAGUAGUAAUACUAACUGCGGUCACCUCGUUAAUGUUCACCGGGAUUUCAAAAAGGAGCCCACGUAUAACUACACGUUUUUGCCUCUCACGAAAGACCUCGAGCAAAUCGGUAUUCAUCGACAAACUUGUGAUUCUCCGCCGGCGUUUACAACCCACACCUAUCCCUUCGAUACACUCCCAACCCUGAAGUCCCAUAUCCACCCCAAAUUCGCAAUCACUCAUCUGGGCGCGGCGCUUCGGGACCUCGCUCACAGCUCAUUGGAGCGAUACCUGAAGCUGAAGGAGCAGCACCCCAUUCUGUACACUAUCCGAAUGCUGUGUUGGAGGUGGAGCAUCUUGCCAGACCGGGCGGUGGAAGAUCCAACGUAUGUAGUUCCACAGGCAAGCUCUGCUCUCGACGAGGAUGGCGAGGAGGACGAUCUGCCCAAUUCCGAGUCGGGAGAUAGUGUGGAAACCGUUCCUCGGCGAGUGGAAUAUGUUUUCGAGGAAGACGAGAAAAGGGAGCUCAGACGAAGAGAGGAGCGAAGUGCCGCACGAAGGGCUGCACAGUUGCGAAAACGGCGGCUCUCGAUUGAUGACACAUAUCCCGAUGAGUGUCCUGCUCGAGGCGAGGGUCCUGUCCGAACCGUGGAAGGGGGCGUCCUCAAGCACUCCAAAGUCGAUGCUGACGGUUGGACGCCCGAUACGAUAUCAGCCUGGGCCCAACGCUGUACGGGUGGGCCCGAAGAUCACAGCAUUCCGACUUCACCGCCUAUCCUCCGUCCGCGAUUGGAGAACAUGGAAUCCUCCGGAGCCCCAGCAACUUCGUGA